GUGUGACGGGCAUCCGACCCCGGGCCGGAGAGGGACCGGCGAGCCCCGGGAGCGGGCCAUGGUGAGUGGCGGCGGGGGCCGGGGCCGGUGCGGGGCGCGGCGGGGGGUGCCCCGCUCGGCCCCGCUGCCCUGAGCGCGGCGGCAGCGCCGGGAGCGGCCCCGCAGCGCGGCCGGCACCGAUUCGCGUGUGGGGCUGAGACACGGCAAGCAAGGAAUAUGAACAGGAAAACAAGGCGCUGGAUCUUCCACAUCUUCCUGAGCCUGGGGAUUGUGUAUAUCAAGAUCGGGGGUUUUUCCUCUGUGGUGGCCCUGGGAGCCAGCAUCAUCUGUAACAAGAUCCCGGGUCUGGCCCCCCGGCAGCGGGCGAUCUGCCAGAGCAGGCCCGACGCCAUCAUCGUCAUCGGGGAAGGGUCCCAGAUGGGCAUCAACGAGUGCCAGUUCCAGUUCCGCAACGGGCGCUGGAACUGCUCUGCCCUGGGAGAGAGGACCGUCUUCGGGAAGGAGCUGAAAGUGGGUAGCAGAGAGGCAGCGUUCACCUACGCCAUCAUUGCUGCUGGAGUGGCACACGCCAUCACGGCUGCCUGCACACAGGGCAACCUGAGUGACUGUGGUUGUGACAAAGAAAAACAAGGACAGUACCACAAAGAGGAAGGGUGGAAAUGGGGAGGCUGCUCCGCUGACAUCAGAUACGGAAUAGGAUUCGCCAAGGUGUUUGUGGAUGCCCGGGAGAUUAAGCAAAACGCGAGGACGCUCAUGAACCUGCACAACAACGAGGCCGGGAGGAAGAUUCUGGAGGAAAACAUGAAGUUAGAGUGCAAGUGCCACGGGGUCUCGGGAUCCUGCACCACUAAAACAUGCUGGACAACCCUGCCUAAAUUCCGGGAGCUGGGCUACAUCCUUAAGGACAAAUACAACGAAGCCGUUCAAGUGGAACCGGUGAGAGCCAGCCGCAACAAGCGCCCGACCUUCCUCAAAAUCAAGAAGCCCCUUUCCUACCGCAAACCCAUGGACACAGACUUGGUGUACAUCGAGAAAUCUCCCAACUACUGCGAAGAAGACCCCGUCACGGGCAGCGUGGGGACGCAGGGGAGGAUGUGCAACAAGACGGCCCAGCAGUCCAACGGCUGCGACCUGAUGUGCUGCGGCCGGGGCUACAACACCCACCAGUACUCACGCGUGUGGCAGUGCAACUGCAAAUUCCACUGGUGCUGCUACGUGAAAUGCAACACGUGCAGCGAGAGAACAGAGGUGUACACCUGUAAGUGAGGGGGGCGGCACGGGCCCGGCCGGGAUUACAUUUGCACAUGGACUCAACGUCCCUACACAGGACCCUAAGGAUGACCUGCUCUCCCAGAAGAAACGCUGAUGAAUGGAGCCCCUCUCUUGUCUUCUCCUGUCUUGGUGGCUUAUGCGGAUACCCCUGGCAGACUCUUAGGAAAGUCAGCCGAGGAACAAAAACAAACUGACCCCCCCACACCCCAACCCCGGGCCACCCGACACGCAAAACAGAGAGAAAAGGGUCAUCUCUGUACCCUCCAGAGCAAGAAGGGUUGACCGCCUUGUGAAGAGACCACCUCCGGAGGAAAAUCUCUGAGCAUAGCCACUAACUCUUGGUUGGGAAAAAAAAAGAUGGUCAAAAACUUCAAUGUAUAAGGAGCGGAGAGGGGAGCAAUCCUCCAAAAAUAGGGCUUUUGCACAGGAGGGGAUGGACGGUGCCCCCCGUGACUGGCCCUCCUGAGGGUGCGGGUGACACGGAUUCAGGCUUCUCCACUCGAAAAAAACCUUCCGCUUGGUCUGGCCCAUCCUUCCCCGUCGUACCGUUUGCUACGGCGAGUAGAACUGUCGGAGUUUUCUGUAGACACUGCUUUAUCUGCCUAUUUUGUGUGUGCGUGUGUGUGUGCUGCAGAUUUUAGCACAGGGAUUUGGGACACUUGGGCAUAAUAAUAGCAAUAUUUAACAAUUUAUUCAGAUAAAACUAAUAUUAAUUUAUUUAAUUAAAAAGAACUCUACCGACGUUUUUGGAACUAUUCUGCAAUUAAAGUAGAUAGCUGGCUUUCUUUGUGGAAUAAUUUUGUAGAAACAGCAAGGAAAAACUGGAGCUGUAUAUAUUAUUCUUAACUAGGAUAUUUCUAUUAGUUGGACUUGCAGGAUAUGUUCUACAGUACUAGAUGUUUAAAUACAAAAGCUGGCAUCUUUAUAUAUAUGUACAUACACAAACACACACUGUUGGUUUUGGGGGUUUUUUUGGUUUUGUUUUGGGUUUUUUUGUGGUUUUUUUUCCUGUUUGCUGCUAGUUGUCUGGAACAAAAGUCAAGCGGUAGGGGUUGCAAAUCUUUACCAGGUUGAGGUUUGUUUUUUUUUUCUUCAAUUAAAGAAAGAAGCAUUAAUAAAAUCCUGUUUGGAAUAUGCCUAAAAAUAAGAAAAUCCAGACAAACUUCCAUCUUUUGGAAAAAUCAACCAUAGGAUAAGAGAGUAUAUUUUGUAAGAGACUAUUUUUAUAUAAAUAUUUUAUUUAUACUACGUCUGCUUGUUCAACCUGUACUUUUUCUCAAAACAGGCAUACAAUUUGUAAUUCUUAGGCUAUUUAACAGAGAAAGGGUAAUUAGUCUGUGGACACAACAGCAGCAAGCUGGAUACAUUUGGCUGCAGUUGGUGGACGUGUCAGGGAGCGGAAUGAACGUUCUCUCCGGAUGUGUGUACAAACCGGCUCUUUUCCUGCAGCUCAAUGUGCAGAAUGUGCAAAACAAGAACAGGGUAUGUAGCAUCAAUUUUGUCACAUGGCUUGGGAUUCACGAUCGGUAUUAAGUGGAUGCUCAUCUAUCCCAUUCAAGGAAAAAAGAAAAAAAAAAAAUCCGAAUUAGCUUCCCACAUGCGUCAGUCAUUAAACUGUGGCGUUAUGACUAGCAAAUGUGCUGUGUGUGCUGUCAGUUAAACCUCUAUAUUGUGUUACUGUCAAAUUUGAUUUUAAUCAGUGGAGGACUGUAGACUAUGACUGUAAAAACUAUCAUGACACACAUCGUCUGAUUCUCAUAGAUAGGAUACAAAGCUCACUUUUUGUCCAGCUCUUUUUGGCAUUUACAUUAUUCUUUCCCCCCAGAAGGCCAGAGCGCUCAAAUAUCCAGAAAAACAUCUAGGCGAAUUUAAAGACCGUUCCCUUGUUUUUCAGAGCCCAGCUAAGCCAUUUGGUGUUCCCUUUUCAGUAUUUCCUUUUUAUCACUGCUAAUUUCUUCAGAUAUUUGAGUGGUAAAUAUUUCCCUGGUUUAGAAUCACUCCCUCCAGCAUCCCAUGCCUUUCACCGACUCCUGUUGGGAACAGCAAGUGUCACACGCAGUAGAUGAUACAGAUCUAUCUUGUGUCCAUUGGUCUUUCCGAGGCAAAACUCCCCCAUAAGACUGCAAAACCAGAGAAAGUUUUCCAAGAAAGGAAAGAGAAGUAUCACAGAAGUUUUGCUCUAACAACCUAACCUUUUAGAACUCCUCUGAGUGUGGCACGGUAAUUUUUUUUAACUCACUUCUUGUACAUACGUUAUUUCUGGAAGAACACGAGCCCGUGCAGGACCUCAUCCUAGCAAUGUAUAAUUCGGAUUAAAUAUACAGUUUCUUUGCAGACCUGCCACUUAUCACAAAGUUGAAUCUUUAUGCAAUUCAGACACCAGCAGGAGAUAUCAAAGGAAACUGAUUAACAUAAUUUACUUCUAAACUUAUGACUUGUCAAUAUAAAAACAAUUUUUGGGGGGUAACUGAGUCACUGCUUUUAGUUCUUCUAAAUUCCACACAUCACGAAUUGAUAGGACCUGAAAUGCAAUGAGGUACAUACAAUAUGGACGAUAAUUACAACACUGUAUUAUGAUUAAAUAAUUCAGAUCUAACAUUUAAUUUUGGAAUCUCCUCCCCCAAGUUUGUAUUGGUUUUUACUUAGUGGGUACCAUAUCAUAGUCAAAAGUGUGUUUUCUUCACUGAUUAGGGUUAUUUUACAAAUUAUUACUUUUGCAGCAUGUUUUUACCAUAGAAAAGUAAUCUGUAAAACUCCUGCUUCCUGUAUAUUUCAGUAUGCAGUGAUGUGCAAUGUACAGCUAGCAGAUUAAAUACUGAAGGACAAAUAUCUUUAAACAGUUUUACUCACAAUAAUAAAGAACUGGAUGCGCAACGAAAUGAA